UUGAGCGCUCGCUGCUCCCAACGUGUUCCGAUUGUGGGCAUGUAUGUGUGAGCUCGAGCUCUGGUAAAGAUUAGAGAUUUUCGCUUUAGCGUCUUUAUACAAAUUUACCUUUUCUUCUCCGGGGCUUUUACCUGCAUGAGUUAAAAGACCCGAGGCUCGUCGGCCCAGCGAACAUGUCUUUAGUUUGUGCAAUCUCAAACGAGGUACCGGAGCACCCGUGUGUCUCUCCGGUCUCCAACCAGGUAUUUGAACGCCGCCUCAUCGAGAAAUACAUCGCUGAGAAUGGAGCUGAUCCCAUUAACGGGCAGCCUCUGUCUGAGGAGCAGCUUGUCGACAUCAAGGUCUCUCACCCCAUUCGACCAAAGGCACCAUCCGCUACCAGCAUUCCUGCCAUUCUGAAAUCACUCCAAGAUGAGUGGGAUGCAGUGAUGCUGCACAGUUUCACACUGCGCCAGCAGUUGCAGACAACGCGCCAGGAGCUGUCACACGCACUCUACCAACAUGAUGCCGCCUGCAGGGUCAUCGCUCGUCUCACUAAAGAGGUCACUGCUGCCAGAGAGGCUUUGGCCACACUCAAACCUCAAGCCGGAUUGGUUGCUCCCCAGGUUGCUCCUGCCUCCCAACCUGCAGCAGUGGGUGUGGGUGGUGAGCCCAUGGAAGUCAAUGAACAGGUGGGAAUGACUCCAGAGAUCAUCCAGAAGCUGCAAGACAAGGCCACUGUGCUGACCACCGAAAGAAAGAAGAGGGGAAAGACCGUGCCAGAAGAGCUGGUCAGAGCCGAGGAUCUCAGCAAGUAUCGCCAAGUGGCCUCCCAUGUUGGUCUGCACAGUGCCAGCAUCCCUGGAAUCCUUGCUCUGGAUUUGUGUCCCACAGACACCAACAAAGUGCUCACAGGUGGCGCGGAUAAGAACGUGGUGGUGUUCGAUCGCCGAGAGGAGCAGAUCGUGGCCACUCUCAAAGGCCACACCAAAAAAGUCACCUCUGUCAUCUACCACCCAUCUCAGUCAAUGGUGUUUUCGGCGUCCCCGGACAGCACCAUCCGUGUGUGGUCUCUUGCAGCUGGAAACUGUGUGCAGGUGGUUAGAGCUCAUGAGGCAGGAGUUACCGGUCUCUCCCUGCAUGCUACUGGAGAUUACCUGCUGAGCUCCUCUGAGGAUCAGUACUGGGCCUUCUCUGAUAUCCAAACUGGACGUGUUCUCACCAAAGUCACUGAUGAGACAGCAGGAUGUGCGCUGACCUGUGCUCAGUUCCACCCUGACGGCCUGAUUUUCGGCACUGGUACAGCAGACUCACAGAUUAAGAUUUGGGAUCUGAAGGAGCGCACUAACGUGGCCAACUUCCCCGGUCACUCUGGCCCUGUCACCGCCAUUGCGUUCUCUGAGAACGGAUACUACCUUGCUACUGGUGCUCAGGAUAGCUCUCUGAAGCUGUGGGAUCUGAGGAAGCUGAAGAACUUUAAGACAAUUACUUUGGAUAAUAACUAUGAGGUGAAGUCUCUGGUGUUUGACCAGAGCGGAACGUAUCUGGCUGUUGGAGGGUCUGAUAUUCGAGUGUACAUUUGCAAACAGUGGACUGAGGUUCUCAACUUCACUGAUCACUCAGGUUUGGUGACUGGUGUGGCGUUUGGUGAGCAUGCUCAGUUCCUGUCCUCUACUGGCAUGGACAGAAGCCUCAAAUUCUACAGCCUGUAGGACAUCAGGAGAAACUGAUGAAAUGAAAUGAGAGAUAGGAGUUAUGUUUUAGUCCAUGAUCCCAUUCUAGUGUAUAAGGAAGAAGCUAAGAGCAAUAGAACCCAUCCACAUAAUGCAAAAAAAGGACCAUCAUGGCCUCUGUCUCACAGAUGAAAAUGGACGUCAAAAUGAUUUCCAUAUACGAAUACACUGUAGAAUUCUCUGCCGUCUCUAAUCAAUCAUAUGGUUUUCUCAUGAGAACCGCUUAAAGAUUUUUAGUAGCUAUGAAUAAUAACUUUUGCUUUUUUUUGGUUUUGUCAAUCUUUUAUUUUCCUGCUCUGUAUUUCUAGGGCUCCCUUUUCCUGACUUAGUGGUGUUGCUGUUAGUCUCUUGUGCCUAAUCUUUUGUACCCUGCCAUGAGCUGAAAACAGAGAAGAAUGCAAAUUAGAUUUCAAUAAAGACUUGAUGUUUUUAA